UAUAUUCAUGGCUCGUGUACGAACCAAGUCAGUGAAGAAGGCGUCACGUGUAAUUAUUGAGAAAUAUUACACCAAGCUGACCAAUGACUUCCAAACAAACAAGCGGGUGUGUGAGGAGAUUGCAGUUAUCCCUAGCAAGAAGCUGAGGAACAAGAUUGCUGGCUUUGUUUCUGCUCUUGAGCUGGACAUUAUUGAAAUUGAUCCAGACACCAAAGAGAUGUUGGAGGCACAGGACUUUGACAAGCUUCCGCACCUUCAGGUCACCCGGCCUACUUCUGCUUUUGUUGGAGGAAGGCCACCCGCACCUGGUUUGAGGACAUAA